AUGGCAAGUUUAACUUAAAUGACAGGGUUUUUUACGAAACAAAGAAAAAACAAUAAGACUUUUAAAAUAUCAUAUUUCUUUGUUGACUCUUAUGGCACUAUGUAUUACUUAUCAAAUCUUGCACAAUUAAACUAUUAUAUAAAAAAUAGUAAUAGUGAAUUGGAUGUAUAUUAAAUGAAUUUUAUAUAGAUAAUAUCUAAAUUAGAAAGUUCAAAUGCUAUCUCAAAAAUGUCUAUAUAAAAUUGUAGAAUCUCAGGAAUUAAAACUUUAUAAGCUUAUGACAAUGUACCAUUUUAUCAUCGAUAACAUUUUGAACUCUAAAUUUCAUAAAAAAAUGUUAUUAAGGUACUUCAAGUAUAUUCAACAAUUGAAGAUGAUAUUGAAAUAUUAUAAGAAAUAAUUAAAUAAGGAUCUUAAAAACAAAGACCAGUUUAAUAAUUGCAAAAUAAUUCAGAAAUUGAAAAGAAAAAUGCUUUUAUAGAAGAAAUUUUAUAAUUGCUAAAAAAAUAUGAAGGUGAAGUUAUAAAUGUUAAUACAAAUGAAAUAUAAUAAGAUAGCAAAUUAUAUUAUACAGGUUAAAUAGUAAAUGGAAAACCAGAAGGUUAAGGAACAUUAUUUUAUAACUUGGAAGGCAUUCAUUAUAAAGGUAGCUUUAAAAAUGGAAAGAAACAUGGUGUAGGUUACAUAGCAAAUAGUAAUUUAGAUUAAAUAGAUUGUGAAUUCGAAGAUGAUAUUUUAACUGGUAUUUGA